AUGCAGGUAAAAUCCAUAACGGACGAUGAAUUUCUUCGAACAGUUAAUUCCACUGCAUUAACUCUUGGUAGUCCAACUGGUUCAGCUUAUGACCCUUAUGAAAACUUAUAUGUUGCUGAUCCAGCAAAUGAUCGAGCAGGUAAGUAUUGUGCAAACUCGACUGAUGGUAUUGUCAUUGCUGCGUAUUCUAAUGGUGUGUUUACAGUUAAUGGAGCAAGUAGUGUUGCAUUUGAUUCAAAUAAUAGUUUGUAUAUUUCAAAUACGUAUGCUCAUAAUGUUGCCAAAUUUUCUCUCUUAUAA